AAUCAGGCGUUUCGCUCAUUCCUGGGCUCCCAGCAACCCCUCAACAAACUCAAAACACUUGUGACAUGCGACACAACUCCCAAUCUCCAUCGACCUUCCAACCUGAAAAUAUAGAGACAGCCGACACAAGCCACCAAAGAUGGGACGAGGAGAUCGACGACGGUCCAAGGAUGACGAUGACGACGACGACAAGUCUACCAGUAGUCGAGAGGAUGACAGGCGACGGCACAAGUCGAAACGAAAGGAUUCUCGAAAGCGCAGCCGACGAGACGGUGACGAUGACGAUGAGGACGACAGUCGCUCCAAGAAGAAACGUCGAGAGCGCAAGAAAUCUAAACAACGAAAACCUUCCAGUGACGACGAUUCAUCAUCGUCUCGAAAAGAUAGCAAGAAGAAACGAAAGAAACACGAGAAAAAACACAAGAAAAAGCAUGACAAGAAAGAUCGCAAGAAAAAGAAACACAAGCGAGGGGACAGUGGUAGUGAGGAGGAGAGUCGACAACAACCACAAUCAGCAACUGGAAAUGACAACAACGAAAAAUUGGCGCGCAACUACGUCUUGGCAGAUGCCCUACAUCAACUCUUGACGGAUCACCCGACUCCUGCCAUGGCAGUGGAUACGCUGCCACUGGUGUUGAUCAAAUUGGGAGGAGGAACCUCGUUGGAUUUGAGACAAAUGCCAGAUCAAAGUGCCGCCGCCGGAAUUCAACUCGUCUUGAAAGCACUCGAACCGUUUGGAGUCACGCAAGAAGAAGACACUCGAAUGUGGAAAUGGCCACCCGGUGCCAAGAGUAAGGAUGAACGACUCUUGCUUCGAAUUGUUCGAACAUUGCUCAAUGAAAUUGGGUUCACUAUGGAAGCCAUUGAGAAACAUCACCAACAGAAACAGCAACCGCCAAAACAACAAAAACAAAAAGAACUAGACGCUGAUUCACAAGAAGAAAAGAAGCCACCGGCCAAGACCCAACAACAAGAUCAGGAAUCCGAUCUGAUCCACAUCAAACAAGACACUAUGAAAAUGUUGCAGUCCUUCCAAUCGUCACAAAACAACAACAAAGAGGACAACGACAGCAAACCGCCUUCGACGUUACCCGGAGAGCUGGGUGGCCUCUGCAACAUGAUUCUAGAAGGAGAAAGCAUUGCUUUGGAUGGAUUGCCGGAUCCCAAACUACGCACGGCGCUGGAAGGCUUGUUUCAGCAAUGUGGCCUGGAAUUGUGCGAAAUGGAGCCAGAUUCCGACAACGACGAGGACGGUGACAACGACAAUUCUGAUAACAACAAAGAAAUGGGAUAUGGUUUACCCGAGACAUUGGAACAACAAAAUCAAGUCAAAGCCAAGCUUUUGUCUGUUAUGAAGGCCUGUGAAACCAUGGCCGCGAAUCCAAAUACAACCAUACCAAAAUUGCAAAAGGGACCCAUGCGCAUGCCGGCAGGGUAUCAAGCUCCUCCCGAAGAAAGCAGCGACGACGAGGAAGGACCCGUGCAAGUGGGAGACAUAUUGGCCAAACGAAACGAUACGGCCGUCAUGUCCAAGGAAGAUAUUAAGCGACAAGCCGAACUGAGAGCACGACAAUUACGAGGGGCUGUCACGGGGGUCGACGAACUCAUGUCGACCGAUCCCAAUCAACGUGAAGAAUGGAUGCUGGUGCCAGGCAAAUUCGAUUUCCUCUCAUCCAUCAAGGCAGGCAAUCCCAUGAAGAGUCGAACCUUUGCGGCCAAGAGUAAAGCAGAGCGCGACGAUGAACAAGAGUAUGUCGACCCAAAGAUCCAAGCCGAAAUGAAUGCCAUUAUCCAGGCGCAUACGGAUGCACGAGGCCCCACACUGGUGGAACAGCAUCGUUUGAAUAAAGAAAAAGAACGACAGGCUGCAGCAGCUGGGGGAGGCACAAAUGGACAAUGGAAUUGGAAUCGGGACAAAGAUUUGGAUUCUGGAAGGCGCGUGGACAAGAAUGCCUUGAACAUGGUUCUGGGAGGUGCCAACAAGGAUCUCAAGAGCAAAUUUCAUGGUGGUUUCUGAGUGACUCAGGUGUUUUUCUUUUCUACUGUAAGGUUUGUUAGUUGUUACCCAGCUACUGAUAAUUAUAAUACACGUACUGUACAUGUUGGUGUCCGUGCUUUCAUGAGGGCCUUUGCUGGGAUACGCGUGCAACUGUACGGUAUGUAGUUAUAUAUUUACAUGCUGGAAUAUGUGCGACUUUUGAAGCUGCUGGAGAGUUCCAGUCGAUGCAUGUUCGUGUUUAUAAAAGACAACUUACCCAAUAAGUUGUUUCUAUCGGUAUGGUAUCCUCGGAAGAUGGAGUUAUGAAUUCAGUGGAUGCUUAGUGUUUGGAUGGAUGGAGGUCGAAAACUGUUUGGAUUCGCUCUCUACGAAUGCAGUUUUCCCAGGAGUUAUCUGCUCACAUGAAAAGUAAAGUGGCUUACCCCUUGCGUCCCUUGUCAGAUGUCUGCUGCCGCAAGACAUCAUGAUCACAUUUUAGCAUGGAGGACCUCCAGUCACUGUACGAGGAGAGGAAUUGGGCCUUUUUCCCGUGAAAGGCAAUUGCAAAUUUCCUUGCGGUUUCGACCAAUACUUCUCGUCCUUCAGGGUCAGUCUCCACCUCUAGCCGUUCCUUCAACUCGUUCAAUUCCCUUUGGCACCCUUCCAAAACUAGCUUUUGGUAUAGCAAUUCCCUCUCCUUGGCCUUGACAGCAGCAAAGAAUAAAUCGCCGGUCCUCGGAUCAGGAGCCACGUUCACUUCUACCGAAUCAUCGUCCGCAUGGAGAAUCGUCAAGGGCGACGAUGUUUCCCGUUCCCGUCUCUCAGCUUGCUUCCCUCGCUUCCUCCUUUCGUAGGCCAUGAUGGCAAAGCUAGUCAUUCCGUUGUCGUUUCGACAGAGCAUACAACCCCCAACAACAACAAUAAAAGCUCACAGAAUAAAUGGCUUCGACGCUCAGCUUAAAUUUACGGGUGGUACCCAUAAACCACUUGCUGACAAUCCUGAUAUCCGUUUGGUCGAGUUGGCAGCAAAUGCGGAGCACAAAAAUUGGUUUCAGUUGAAAGAUGAUGGUGUUCAGUUGAAGUUGUGGAGCAGCUCCGUCUAUCAGCGUCUCGUUACGAUACUUAGAGCAGAUGCAGUCCUAAUCACCGUAAUCUUAACGGAAGCAGCUCCUAAGUCGCAGAAAGAGGCUUUGGCCGUCAGUUUUUCAUCACGCCCUCUAGCUUCCGGGUGACCAAGAGUUGGCGCUGGAGCGCUGGAGCGGUCCAUGUGAUGAUGUAUGUGUGAUGGAGAUGUUGUUUGGCAUGGGGAUAGUAGACCAGGGCUUGGUACUGGUUUGGGACCAGAAGUCACCCGAUCAUGGACCAGGGGUAGGUACCGGUACUGAUGUGCAGCGAAAUGGUCAGGUGAUGGGCCUGCCUGCUGUAGGUGGACAAGGGGUAAGUCAAAGAGCAGGACCUGCUGAGGGGCCUAGAUUGAGUGUGGAACCAG